UCCUGGCUAUCAAAGCACCCAGAUGGGAGAAUUUCAAAUGAACUGAAUCCAUGACCUGACAUCACCCGCAGUACAGCAGGGGAUGUGUGUUGCUGAGGAGGACGGCAGAGAAAAAAAAAAGACAUUCAAGCCUUUUUGCGGUGUCUGCGGUAACUGGAGAACAGAACCAUGGGAAGGCCAAUGCUUGGAGUUCUUCUCAUCCUCUUUGCUGGGAUGCUGAUGGGCACUGGGGCCAAAAAUUGCGUGUGCAAUGGAAGAUCCAGGUGCCACUGUGCAGGAGUGAAAGGCGACAGGGGAGAGAAAGGCUUUAAAGGAAUUCAAGGCCUCCCAGGGCCAGAGGGCCGUCGUGGAUCAUAUGGCCAUUCUGGUCCUUUGGGACCAAAGGGCAGCACUGGGCCUGAUGGACCGGACGGGGCCAAAGGCGAUUCGGGCUAUGAGGGUAAAGAAGGACUCGCUGGGUCUCACGGCUUACCGGGUAUCCCAGGUUUACAAGGGCCUCCUGGAACCACCGGGAGCCCGGGCUGCAACGGCACUGAUGGAGACGAGGGACCUCCUGGCAAUCCCGGCGUCCAUGGCCCUGACGGAAGUGCAGGUCCUCCUGGUCUGCCUGGACCUAAGGGUGAGUCUUGGGGGUCAACAAUUUCAAUAACGGGGCCACACGGGCCUCAAGGGAGGAAAGGACAGCCGGGGAAUCCAGGUCCCUUUGGAGAGCGUGGACAACCAGGAGACCCUGGACGACGGGGUUCUGUGGGGUUUCCUGGUCGUUCUGGGUCUCCAGGAUCAAAGGGUCAAGAAGGCAUAGGCGGUAUUCCAGGACCUCAGGGACUAAAGGGCAGACAAGGACCACGAGGCCCACCGGGGCCACCGGGUCAGAUUAAGGAAUUUCUCACUGGGAGUCUCUUGUCAAAGGGUGAGAAAGGAAGCAAAGGAGACAUAGGAAUAAAAGGAUGCCAUGGUGAAGCAGGAGACCCAGGUUAUGAGAAUUACAUCAAAGGAGCAAAGGGAGACAGAGGGCCGCAGGGUCCAGAGGGAAAACAAGGGAUGGAUGGCAAUCCGGGCCAAUCAACACAGGGGCGGCCCGGCCCCAGAGGUGAUCCAGGAUAUCCAGGGACACCAGGAGGGACGGGUGAAAAGGGAGAUAAGGGUCUCCCUGGUCCCCCUGGUGCAGUUGGAGAUAUAUUUGGCCCUGUGACUGCACCACUCAAGGGGUUUCGUGGGGAUCCUGGUUUUCCAGGCUUACCUGGGCUCCCUGGACGUCAAGGUGUUGAAGGAUUCCCUGGACCUGAUGGACCUCCAGGCCAAUCAUCUGGGAUUCAUGUGUCAGGCCCUACUGGUCCCAAUGGGUUUCCAGGCCCCAAAGGGGACCCUGGGGAGCCUGGGGAUAUUUAUCUAGGACUUCCAGGUCAAGAUGGGGAUCAUGGGGAUCAAGGUCCUCCUGGGGAUCGGGGCCCACCUGGGCCUCCUGAAGACAGAACUAACAGGAUUAUCAAAGGUAUUCCGGGAAUGAAGGGAACAAGAGGUAUGCCUGGACCUACAGGAUAUGAUGGACAGCAUGGAAUGAAAGGAGGGAAGGGGGAGCCCUGUUAUGAAUGUGUUGGAUUAGGAUUCCCAGGACCACCGGGUCCUCGCGGCCCACAGGGCGCCCCUGGAUAUAAUCAAGGGCCAGGUGCUAAAGGUGAUCCAGGCUACCCGGGAUCUAUUGGCUUACCUGGAAGACCAGGUCCUCUUGGUCCAAUGGGAUUUCAAGGCCCUUCGGGACAAAAGGGAGACUCAUAUACUGACCAAACCCCUGGGGAAAAGGGAGAGGAAGGAGAUCCGGGACAGCCUGGCCCACCUGGUGUAGAUGCCCUCCCUGGGUUUCCUGGACUACCUGGUCGCAAGGGGGACCAAGGCCCUCCAGGGAAUUCGUAUCCCUUCCAUGGUGCAGAUGGAGACCGGGGUUUCCCAGGACAACCAGGACCUGUAGGCAGACAAGGACCAGUUGGCUACCCUGGCCCAGUGGGAUAUGGCCCUGCUGGAUCUAUGGGUAGUACCGGAGAUGUUGGGGUACCUGGGCUGCCAGGGCAACCUGGGAUUCCAGGCCAGAAAGGCGAACCGAGCCACAGCCACACUAAAGGAUUUCCCGGACCACCUGGAUUUAAAGGUCUGCCUGGUUCACUUGGAAGACCAGGUAAUACAGGAGCACCAGGUAUCCCAGGAAUACCAGGUCAAAAAGGUCAAAAAGGAGAAAGUGGUGAGGUGUCAUUACCUGGAAGGCCAGGUAUCCCAGGACAAAAAGGGGACAAGGGGCCGCCAGGUAUCCCAGGUCCUACAACGAGGGGCUUGCCUGGUCGGCGAGGUUCCAGUGGAAUUUCUGGUCCUGCAGGCGUGAAGGGGGAUGGCGGGCCUGGAUACCCUGGCCCCAGAGGAUCCCCUGGGCCUCCAGGAGAAGACGGCGUUCAGGGGCCCGUAGGAGAUCCUGGGAACCCUGGCCGACCUGGGAACCCAGGAGUAGAUGGAAAUCCAGGUUUAUCAGGAGAAAAGGGAAAUCAAGGUUCUGUAGGCCACCCAGGACCACCUGGUAAUAAAGGUUCAUGUAAUAGUGAUUUACCUGGGCCAAGGGGACCAGAAGGACCAGAUGGGUAUCCAGGACAUCCAGGUCCGAAUGGCUUCGCUGGUGAGAAGGGGAACCCAGGUUUGCCAGGGUUUGGUCGUCCUGGCGUCCCCGGUGUUCCUGGUGUUCUUGGGCCGUCAGUGCCAGGUUCACCUGGCCUUCCUGGACAAAAAGGGAUGAAGGGACACAGCGGCCUGCCUGGUCUAUCAGGACCGAGAGGAGAACCUGGACCAGAUGGGUUACCAGGAUAUGGACAAGAUGGGUUGCCUGGAAUUGCAGGACCACCAGGCCAAAUAGGUGACCCAGGCCCAGAUGGAGCCCCGGGUUCCGUGGGUCCACCAGGUAUGGAUGGUGAACCAGGUUUGACAGGUCCUCCGGGCCCAGCGCCGCUACCACCAAUAGAUUUUUUCGGCUCAAUAGGGGACCCUGGCGAGCCAGGUUACCCUGGUCUACCUGGUGCCAAUGGAGAUACUGGCAGUGUUGGACCAAAAGGGCAGAGAGGGUUUGCUGGAGCACCAGGGAGUCCUGGACAAAGAGGUCCCACAGGUGAUCCAGGUGGUGAUGACCAAGUUGAUUCAGAAGGAAGUCGAGGACCUGCUGGAGCUCCAGGAGACUCAGGAGUCACAGGGCCUCCAGGCCCAAAGGGAAUAAAAGGAGAUCAAGGACAAUCUGGAGAGCCAGGUCCACAAGGUGCACCAGGUCCAACUGGUAACAAAGGCAUCAAUGGCGAGCCAAAUUAUAAUGGAUAUGGAUUGCCUGGACCAGUAGGACAAAAAGGUGAACCAGCAUCGUGCAAUGCUGGUGUGUUGGGUCAGAAAGGAGAACCUGGUUCUUUUGGACCUCUAGGUUUACCAGGAAAGCGUGGAGACAAAGGAAACCCAGGGCCUGAUGGACAAAAUGGUCCAGCAGGCUAUCAAGGGCCUAAAGGUUCAGAUGGACAUCCAGGAAACAAAGGACAGCCAGGACCAACUGGACUUGCAGGUGACCCGGGCCAGCCAGGUGUCGGUGGUUAUCCAGGUCUUAAAGGCAAUCAGGGCCGGGAUGGGAUUCCUGGUUCACCAGGGCAGAAAGGAGACACUAAUAUAAUAGGAGGGACACCUGGGAGACGUGGUAACACAGGUCAACAAGGUUUCCCCGGGAACCCUGGUCCCCCUGGCUUGUCUGUUACAGGACGUUCUGGACCAAUAGGAGACAGAGGAUUUCCAGGUCGAAAGGGGGCCCGUGGUCCAAAAGGACUACCAGGAAUGGAAGGAGCUUGUGUUCCUGGGUCAAAAGGAGACCAUGGUCAUCCUGGCAAUCCUGGUGUCCCAGGCUAUCGUGGCUUACCUGGCCUUCCAGGUCCUACAGGGCCGGGGCGAAUGGGAGACAGAGGGGACCCAGGUCCAACGGGAGCCCAAGGCUAUAGUGGACCCCACGGAGAUUCAGGCCCUCAAGGACCACCGGGUACAAGAGGCAGACCUGGAAACCAGGGACCAAGAAGUGAUUUUGGUCCUUCUGGAGGCUUUGGACCUCCUGGUGUUAAAGGAGACCCUGGAUACAUCCCUGGCCCCCCCGGGCAGCCUGGGAUGAAAGGUUUUCCUGGACCAACUGGCUUAAAGGGCAAGGCACGUGUCACGUAUGAACCAGGAUCUCCCGGCGCGCCCGGUCCCUCUGGUAAUCCUGGAGCCCCAGGGAAGACGGGACCAUCAGGAUCACCAGGACAACCAGGUCAGCCGGGUGUCAGAGGCGAGCGUGGUUCAAGCCCAGAUGGCCAUCCCGGAUUUACUGGACUCAAAGGAGACAAAGGAAGAGCAGGACUGCCAGGUCCUGAAGGCAGACUUGGAGACCCAGGCCAUAAGGGUAGUCAAGGGUUGCCAGGCAUAGGUGGUCCAGGUUAUGUGGACAGUUUCCUGAUUGCCAGACACAGUCAGAGCACCAAGGUCCCUGACUGUCCUCGUGGCACCACCCUCAUCUUCUCUGGUUACUCCUUCCUCUUCAUCAAUGGAAACGAGAGAGCUCACGGUCAGGACCUUGGCACCAUGGGAAGCUGCCUCCCCCGUUUCUCCACCAUGCCCUUCCUGUUCUGUGACACGGAGAGUAACUGCCGCUAUGCUUCUCGUAACGACUAUUCCUACUGGUUGUCCACUGACACUCCUAUGCCAACCAACAUGGCUUCCAUCACUGGGGAUACACUGGCCACCUACAUCAGCAGGUGCUCCGUGUGUGAAACCACCUCCAAUGUCAUAGCCGUCCACAGCCAGACAACUUUGACACCCGAAUGCCCUCAAAACUGGGAGUCACUAUGGACGGGAUACUCCUUUGUCAUGCAAACGGGUGCUGGAGCAGAGGGCUCCUCUCAGCCGCUGGUGUCACCAGGGUCAUGUCUGGAAAGCUUCCGCCAAGUGCCCUUCAUCGAGUGUCAUGGCAGGGGAACUUGUAACUAUUACCCUGACUCCUAUAGCUACUGGCUGGCCUCCCUAGACCCCAGAAGCAUGUUCAGUAAUCCUGUUCCUCAAACAGUGAAGGGACCUUCUCUACAAAGUGUCAUCAGUCGUUGUCGGGUCUGCAGGAAACAAUGGCAACCAACAGACGAAAGACGCGGGGACAAUUUUUAACAUUCUGUUUUUCUUUUUUCAAUAUCGUUUGAUUUAUGAAAAUAUAGAAGUGUGAAUCGUGUCAGCUGUUUGUAGUCUGUACAUCUGUUGGUUACACUGGUGUGAGGCGGAGUCUUAGCUGUGAAUAAAAUACAUUAUAAGCAAAUUGA